AUGAAUAGCGAAGAUAUUCAUACCUCAGUUCCUGAUCCCAACAAAGCUAUUGACAGAUCAAUACCUGAUUUUCCUGUCGCUAAGGAGGUCGAUGAUAAUGACUACUUUACAAAAAAUACUCCUCCCACGUAUAUCCACGAAGUUGUAUCAAAGGUCAAGGACUUUUUGCAAUACCACAAAGCAAACACUUUCAAGAAGAUAGCUUUGAUUACCAGCGGUGGCACAACUGUGCCUUUGGAAAACAAUACUGUCAGAUUCAUCGAUAAUUUCAGUGCAGGAACCAGAGGCUCUACUUCUGCUGAGAUAUUAUUGAAAAAUGGUUAUGCUGUGAUCUUUCUAUAUAGAGAGUUUUCUCUUUUGCCUUACUCCAGACACUUUUCUCACAAUCUACAUUUCUUGGAUUAUAUGAAAAUCAACUCAAUUGACAACAAAAUCGAAAUCAACGACGACCAUAACGAUAAAAUGUAUAAAAUCUUACUAGAUUACCAAAAGAUUAAAGACUCAAACUCCCUCCUAAUCAUACCUUUCACCACUGUUAACCAGUAUCUUUUUACACUAAAAUCCAUCUCAACCACUUUGAAUACCUAUGGCUCUAAAUCAUUGAUUUAUUUAGCAGCAGCAGUAUCCGAUUUCUUCAUUCCUGUAUCAAAGUUGCCUCAACAUAAGAUUCAAUCUUCGGUGAACAAUUUGUCCUCCAAUGGUCAGCUCAUUAUAAACCUAGAUCCUGUGCCAAAGUUCUUGAAAAGAAUCGUUGAUGAUUGGAGUAACAACUCGUUAAUUAUCAGUUUUAAACUAGAAACAGAUCAGAAUAUUUUAAUCAAUAAAGCCAAGUUGGCAUUAAAAAGAUACAAUCACAACUUGGUCAUUGGAAACUUAUUGCAAACAAGGAAAAAAGAGGUGGUAUUUGUAUCAAAGUCAUCCAAUGAAUCCAAUCAAAUUGAUAAAAACGCUCAAGAAAAAUGGUUUAGAUUAACUGACGAUCAAAUCAAAAAUAAUUUUGAAAUUGAAGAAAUUUUCCUUCCCGAAGUUAUCAAAUUACAUGAUUUAUGGAUCAAUAAGACUAAUUAACAUUAUAUAUAGAUACUUAAUUAUAUUCCUAUUCAAAAUCAUAACCGUAUUCAAAACCAUAUUCACAACCAUAUUCACUUAUAACAAAUUAAAAAAUUAUUAAACUUAUAUAUAGAUCAAUAUACAUUUUACUAAAAAAAUUAGUCUAUCAUCUAUUAUCUAUCAUUUGAUUUGUAUUUUCCAGACUCUUAUUUAUUAUUUGU